AUGUCAAUAUACAUUGCAGAUUAACGUAAUACAAUUUCUAAUUCUAAUAGCUAUUGCAGAAGAAGAUGUUGAAGAUUCUCCUAUUGGACUUAAAAGAUAUUGCUCAAAAACAGAACAUGUCAAUAUCAAUAUUUAUUCAUAAACUUAUGAUUUAGAUGAAGAAUUAUAAUAAGAUGUAAAAUAGUUAAAAUAAACUUUGAAUUAAAGUAUUCACCAUUUAUUAAAAUUAGGAAUUACAUAAUUAAAAAGCAUUAUUAAUCAAUCAGAAAAAAUGAAGACCAUGAAACACUCGAAUAAUAAAGAAAAUUAAUGCUAAAAUAAUCAAAAUGCUGCUAAUAAAAUUUCAAUUAAAAAAAGAGUUUGA